AUGGACGCUUUUCGAUCGGGCGCCGAGCAACACCUCGAGGAUCUCCUCUACGUACCAGUCGCCAAUCAAUACAACAUAUGCCGCAUCGGCUCCUCUCUGACUGACGAUAAAGAUACAAGGAUAGAAGAACUAACCCUCAAUGACGUGGAUUUACGGGACCUCAGUGACAGCUCGUCCGCAACGUCGUCGCCGGACAUCGGAUCGACCAAUGUUGUCCACAUGUCCUAUCAUGUCGACCGUGGUGUGAAAUCGGCUCCUUUGGUAUUCCGGCAUCUCUGGGCCUCAUUUCACCUAGAUCCAUACAUGGUCUACAUGUUUUCGCGUAAUGUGCCUGGAUUUCACCAACUUCCGUCUGCGUCUCCACAGGGUCAGGGCCAUCGAUAUCUCAGCUUCUACCUCAAUUGCCAAGCCCACUGGGCCAUGUGGACAUACGACACCUCGAACUUCUCAACCAACGCGAUAGUCCUCUCGCGCGACACACCAGGACGCCCCGACGCUUACCCUGCGGUACACGCCCAUCUAAGAAGGUACGCCAGCUCAUCAGGACAUCCGCUUUUCCUGACAUUGGCAUUCGCCCUGGAACGAAUCGAGUACAUAGACAAGGUCGUUAAGGACCAGCAUCGGCGCAUCGGGCGUGCAGAGCAGUAUACGGGGUUUAGCCAUUUCUACCUCAACAAGCCUCUGCCCCCGAUCCAAGACGCCGAGGCGAAGCUCGCCCAGUUGUCGGAUCUGUCGCGGACAGCGAGCAGUGUUUUGGUGGCACUGGCGGACAUGGUCCAGCAUUUACAGUGCUCGGAAACCAUGCUUGCUGCGAUUGAAAGCUUUGAGUUGACGAAGACCAUGUCGGUAGUCGAUGGGAUUGUGACGAGGGAUACCGAGAUGAAACUUAUCGCGAGGCUGCUCCUGCCGCAGUUGAAGGGGAGGUAUAACUAUCUGGAUUACAUUAAACAGAGAGCGCAGAAUCAACUUACCGUGAUCUUCAACCUCCUCGCCCGCCACGACGCCCAAGCAACCAUCAACAUUGCGAGGGCGACACAACACGACAGCACGAGCAUGAAAACGAUCGCGAUCAUGACGAUGGGAUUCCUGCCCGCGACGUUCUGGGCCGCACUCUUCUCUAUCCCCUCGCUUCAGUGGGACCAGCCGAAGGUCAUCGGAUCCCGCUUCUGGGUCUACUGGGCCGUCACCAUCCCAACCACGCUGUCGGUGUUUGUGGUGUGGUUGGCGAUCGUGAAGCGUGGGAGGAUCGGCGAAGGAUUUAGAGAUUUGAUGAUGAUUGUGACAGGGGGAGGAGGAGCAGCAGCAGGAGGAGGAGGAGGAGGAGGAGGAGGAGGAGGAGGAGGAGGAGGAGGAGGAGGAGGCAAGAAGACUAUGAUGACGAUGAGGGCGACGAGAGCGAGCGAGCUGACAGAGACCACUACUCAGAGGGAGCAGUAUCCUCGAAGUAGUGGUGGUAGCACUACCACUCGGCCUCGGUCGAAACAACUAAGCAGUAUGGCGUGA